AUGACGGGGGAGGAGGCGGUGACCGCGGUGGCGAUGCCCGAGGCGGGCCGCGACGGCGAGCAGUCUCGGCCGCCCGCAGGCCUGGGGUGCGGGGCGCGCGGGGAGACCGGAGGCCGCGGCCCCCAAGAGUCCCGGAAGCAAUGGAAGAAAUUUUUAUAUUGUGAGCCACAUAAGAGAAUUAAGGAAGUACUGGAAGAAGAACUUUAUAUUAAGAGAGAUGAAUGCCACCUUAAACAUCCACCUGCAGUGGCCCUGGAAGGGAUUUGGAGCAUUAAAAGGAAUCUCCCUGUGGGAGGCUUGAAGCCAGGACUGCGGAGCAGAAAUAGUUUACUGCCACAAGCCAAGUACUAUUCGAGGCACGGAGGGCUACAAAGAACAACACGAUCAUUGUAG